AUGCCCACCGCCGAGAACUGCAGGGAUCCAGCUCUAAUCGCACGCCCUCUUCCUUGCGCCACCAGAAAACGAAGGAGGAUCGGUACCCCAAAAGGAAAUCCCAACCGCCGUCGUCCUCCUCCUCCUGGCUCCAUCAACGACCUGGGAGACGACGUCCUGGCCGCCAUUCUGAUUCGCCUCCCCGACCUGAGUUCCGCCUGCCGUUGCAAAUCCGUGUGCAGGCGGUGGAGCUCGCUGAUCUUCAGUCCCGGCUUCAAUCGCCUCUUCGUUUCCCACCACCAGGGGAGCGAGCCUCCACCGCCGCCCCUGCUUCUUCCCUCGGACGACUUCUCAAUCUCCAUCCUCCUCACCUUUCUCCCCGUGCCUUACGAAAUCCAAGCCUAUUUCACGGUCUGGGAUUCCUUCAAGGACUUGGUUCUAUGUGGGUUCGUCCAGCCACCGGAACCCAACGGCGCCGAGGUGGGCAGGACGCUGUUCGUCUGCAAUCCGUUCACGAAGCAAUGGGUCGCCCUCCCUCUGGCUCCCGAAAGACCGAAAGGGUACUGCCAACCGAUUGCGAGCCUAGUUUGCGAACCCCGUAAGUCUAUUAAUCUCGAAUUAGAUGAUAAUGGCCGGUCGUCAAUUGCUUAUUCCGAGUAUAGGUUCCGCGUGGUGUGUAUGUAUGUCUUGCACCAGAGCAUCAAUCUGGACGUGUUUUGUUCCGAGUCACGAGAAUGGACGAGCAAGGCUCUCGUCCUUGAUGGCUUUCUCAGACUCAAGGAUCCCUACGAAGUCGUCACGAUAAAAGACGGUGAAUGA